AUGGCUGAACCUGAAAGUGCAUUCAGACAACAGCUCAACAGUUGGAACAGUCGUGGUGGCUCGGGUUCCACAACUGCUACGUCACGUACUGCAGUACCCCAGUUUUCGGAAUGGACCGAUUACAUCAAAAAUGGUGCUAAUGACUUGUACUCUUCAUUGCCAUCCUAUCGCAAUGAGAAUCAAGUUCAGGAGCCUUCAUGGUUCAAACUAUCCAACGUGGAAAAAAUCAUCGGUUUCGUCAUGUGCCUUGCUGGUUCAUUCCUUUGUUUUGCCAUAAGCUUCUUUAUGUUUCCAGUUUUGGCGUUGAAGCCCAGAAAAUUCGGAGUAUUAUGGUCACUAGGAUCGGUUUUGUUUGUGUUAUCAUUUGGAAUCCUUCAGGGGCCUAAAAAGUACACGUUACACUUGUUGUCACCGGGGCGUAUCGUGUUCACCAGCGUGUUUUUUGGCUCUGUGUUAGCCACCUUGUAUUCAUCGGUGAUCUUGAAGAGUACAAUAUUGGCGAUUAUCACUGCUAUUAUUGAACUAUUUGCUAUUUUGUACUACAGCAUCAGCUACUUCCCUUUUGGUGCACUGACGUUAACAUUUUUCACAAGUUAUCUCGUGGGCUGGGUAGGUGGAUUUGCUGGAGGAAUCUUAUGA